GCAGUUUGGCGAGGCACUUCCGGGGUGGCACGCGGCAUCCCGGAACUGUGCGAGCCGGUGUUGGAGUUCCAGGCGCGGGGUCUAGCAUGUCCGGGCGAGGCAAACAGGGGGGUAAAGUGCGCGCCAAGGCCAAGUCGCGAUCGUCGCGCGCGGGCCUGCAGUUCCCCGUGGGCCGCGUUCACCGGCUGCUGCGGAAGGGUAACUACGCGGAGCGCGUGGGCGCGGGAGCGCCCGUGUACCUGGCGGCGGUGCUGGAGUACUUGACAGCCGAGAUCCUGGAGCUGGCGGGCAACGCGGCGAGAGACAACAAGAAGACGCGCAUCAUCCCUCGCCACCUGCAGCUGGCCAUCCGCAACGACGAGGAGCUCAACAAGCUGCUGGGCCGUGUGACCAUCGCGCAGGGCGGCGUCCUGCCCAACAUCCAGGCUGUGCUGCUGCCCAAGAAGACGGAGAGCCAGAAGGUGAAGAACAAGUGAACCGGACGGGUGCAGAGCCCGCCACAGCCCGCAGCCAAUAAAGUUGGUGAAAAGCGUGUAA